AUGGCUGCGACCAUGGACAAAGAAAACAACGACUCUGAACCAGAUCCCUAUGAUACUGAUGAAGGCGAUGAUUAUGUUCCUGAUGAUCACUCUGAUUCAAGUGAGAAUGAUGAGACUGAGCACGUUACACCAAGAAAAACAAAAAAGCGUAGAAAAAACAUCGCUUUGUGGAAAAGGAAUGAAAAAAAGAGACUCAGAACAGCAGGAAAGAUGUAUGAAGGGCACAAAGGGAAAAUUCGUGCAGAGAGGAACCUUAGACCUUUCGUCCAUACAUGCAGGUAUAGCUGUAGCAAAAUGUCCGAGGCAGAAAGGCAAACCUUUUUUGAUAAAUUUUAUAACAUACCUACAUAUGACCUGCAAACAGCAUUUUUAGCUUCUUGCAUACAAAAAUGCGAAGUUGUUAGACGAAGCCAAAGAGCAGAAUGUAACCGUAGGUUUUCUACCAAAAUUAUGGUCUCAAAUAUGCGAGUUUGCAAAGCAUUUUUCCUCAAAACGCUUGAUAUAAGCAAUAGACGAUUCACUACAGUAUGCGAGAAAGUAGACAGAUUCGAAUACUGCAAUGUCAAUCAGAAGCCACUCGUCAAGUUAUCUUACUACCGUCACACAUUCAACACAGAAUUUAACCAUCAAUUUCAUAAGCCCCAUAGUGAUACAUGCUCAAAAUGCGACAAGCUGAACAAUAUCAUCAAAAACUCAAAUAAUGAAAACGAGGUGAGUAUUUCCAAAGUGAGCUUAGAGUUGCAUCAGAGGAAAGCUCAAAAAGCAUGUGAAAUGAAAAAGAUGGACGCUGAAAAUAGUAAAGCCUUAGACGAUACCAUCGCAAUUUGCUUUGUUCUUCAACAGACAUUACCAACGCCUUUGCUCACUACUUCAAAAGUUUUCUACCUUCGACAGCUCUGGACUUACAACUUCUGCAUACAUAAUCUGGGUACUGGAGAAGCUCGCAUGUACACAUGGGAUGAAACUGUUCUGGUAGAGGUUCCCAAGAAAUAG